GAUUUAACAUCUUGGUAUCUUGACGUUCUUGUAGUUGCAGUGUCCAAAUUUAACGUACUUUAUGUUUUACUGUUAACAUGUUUGAACUUAUGGAGUAGUCAUUGUUUUGAGAAAUCCACGUUUUUGUUGAGUUUAUUACUCUUUAUGAAUUAGAAACUGAUUUUCGCUGCUGUAUUUAUACAUUUUUAUUUAUUGUAUUACAGUAGGAAAUAGUUUCACGACAAUUGAAAUUCCCACGUUGCAUACCAGUUCAGAUGUUUGCUGAAUAAAAUUAAAAUGCAGGAUUUUGUGGAUUCCUUGUAAAUACUCAUAUAAGAUGGCAUCAGACAAAUCAUUAAAAUUUAGUGAUUUAGUCAAGUCACAGCGUGACAGUAAUCUUACAGGAAAAUAUAACGAACAUUUUUCAAAGAUUUUUCCAAAUUCUCAAAAUCCCUUUGAUGAAGUUGGAUUUUUCAAACAGUUGUGUAAAAGUGUUGAAGAAGUUAGACUAACAAAUCCGAGUAUAGAAGUCCAUGAGGACAAUUCUGAAAACAAGAAAGGAAAAAAUAUAACAGUAAAUGACAAUGCUCAAUGUAUGACUCCCAAAUCUCAAAAACCAAUCCAAUCGAAUGUGAAAAGAUGGGCUUCUGUUGUAAAAGCCCAGAAAAAACAUACAAUUUUCAGAUUCAAAUGUGUGUGGUAAGAAGCUAGAAGAUGGAAUUGAAAUAACAUCAGAGAUAUUUAAUUGCAUAUUUAAAACACUUCCAAAAUGUUUUGAAAAUCACAAAGGUUUCAUAACUGAGAAUGAAAACAUAUUUUCCUGCAAGAUUUGUUCAGUUGAACUGGAAUCUGUACUGACUCUUUCAAAUCAUUUAAAAACUAGAAAGCAUGAAGACAACAUUAUUUCAUUCUUUAAAGAUAACUUACCAGUUCAUAUUCAUUCCAUAAUGGACUUUAUAUCUUUCUAUGGAUCGAAUCUAUGUUGUAAUCUCUGUCGAUGUAAAAUUAAUAUGAGUUCUUAUAACACUUUUGAGACUAUUGUGAACAUCAUAGCACAUAAUUCUGAUAAGGCACAUGCUGAUCGCAAGACAGAUCAUGAUACUUUCAAUCUUGCUCAUAGCUUGCUGGAUUCUCUUGUAGCAUCAAACAAAGAAAUCAAAGAAAAUGCACAUUUUAUUGAGAAAAAAAUGAAUCCUCAGUUCAGAUGCAAGCUUUGCAACAAAAACAUUUUAUAUGAUGAGAACGUAGAGAUUUUAGAGCAAAACUUUUCUUCUCACUUCAAUAGUAUAGGUCAUAUCAAGAACCAGAAAGCUGUUGAGGUUUUGAGACUCUUUGGGGAAGCCAGUAUCGGAGGAAAAGACAGUUUUGUUGUUAUAAAUGGAAAUAUCUCUUGCACUUAUUGCAAUUAUCAAGUUGAGACAGACAUGGAAAAGUUGAUUUCACACGUAAAUGGAGGUGAACAUGCGAAGAAGGUUUUGUCUGUGCUAGAAAUUACUUCAGGUUUUAAUAAAUUUUCUGAGAGUAAAUCGAGUUGGUUGGAAAACAAGACAAAUGAGGCAAGAGUAUUAACAAACAGUAACGUAAAAAAAGAGAAAGCUCAUCAACUAAAUGAAAAAAAAUUGUGCCUGGAUUCACGACUUGAUGAAUUGCUGAGAAGUAUACCUCCAAGCGUAACUAAUACUGAUUGUAUUGUUGAAAAUGACAAGGGAAGUGUAACUUGCCUGGUCUGUGAUCGUGUUGUUCCCCCUAGUAGUUACAAUCUAAGAACUCAUCUGUUGGGAAGCAAUCACAAGAAAAAUCAAGAAUUGAGGAAAUCUAACAAAACAAUGUGUUUUUUACCUGUUAUCAAAAGCCAAGACAAAGAAAAUUAUUCAGAACUGAUUAAUACCAUCAAGAAUGCAGAUCCUAAAAAUCCCAUAAAUGUAAACCAUUUGUUGCAGUCAUUUCCAAACUACUUGACUAAAAAUGAUGAAGGUGAGCUAUCAUGCUUAGUUUGUCAAUGUUGUGUAAGUUUGGAAUCUGAAGAUCUCAUUAAUCAUCUAACAAGUUCAAAACAUAAAACAAAAGAAAGACAGUGGUUAAAAAAUUGUCCUGUCUGUCCACAACUAACCUUUCAAAAAUCUACCUUUAUAGAAAAAUUACCAACAUUUUUAAGGGUGUACAAGUGUAAUAGAACAGAAAUGAUUCCAUUCUCUAUCCUAAAUCAUCAGUUCAACUUACUUUUGAAGAAAAACGCCUUAGUCUCAAGCAAUACAAAGUUUUUCACCCAAAAUGUGGACGGUAAAAAUUGCUAUUGCAAAAUUUGCAAAUCUUUAAUCCCCUUAUCCCUGGAUCUAAACACCUUGGAAGAAAACAUUGUUUCACAUUUAAAAGAGAAAAGACACAAAGCAAAUUUUUCCAGACAUGAACAAGAAGUUAAUGUUGAGUCUAAGUUUGAAGGCUCAAAUACUGGAAAGAUAGUGCGCUCCUUAUUUACCUCUGAGGAGUGUGGAAGUAAAGAUGUUGAAGUCAUAGAGAAUCAAACUAAACAAUCGACUGAAAUGGAACAGCACUAUAAUGGCUUUAAGAAAAUAUCGGAAGCUAUUUUUCAUAAAGGUAAAGAAAAUAGUGGAGCGAAUCCAAGUAAGCGAUUGUCUAUUGGUAAGAGCAAAAGUGCUGGUUUACCACUGGCAAAAGUUUCUAGCAUUUUGAAGAGUGAAGAAGAAACAAGUGAAGAAGUUUUGAAUAGAAGGCAAAAACAAAUUGACUAUGGAAAGAACACAGCUGGCUAUGCUAGGUAUUGUGAGAUGGUUCCACAGCACAAGCGAGAGCUCUGUCAUCCGAUAACUCCACCAAAAUACCUCAAGUGUAGUCGACGAAACUGGGAUGGUAUGAUUCGCGCUUGGCGUCGACGACUGCAUGACUGGGAUCCCCCUGGCACUGCCUUGGACUUGGAUAUCCAACCUCUCAGAUGUUAAAAUGUAGUUCUCAGGCAAGGUAUUUUCACAAUCAAUUACUUACUUAGUUCAGUACUUAAAUUGUGUUUUGAAACUUGUGGUUCUGAUUUACUGCUGAACUAUUGUUGAAAGUAAACAGCCGUAUUUAUCUAAUUUAUUUAAGUUGACAAGGUUAACAUUAGAUACAAAGACUGUGUAUCUGCUAUUUUAUUGUUCUUUUAAAAGUAAGCCUUGUGUCAGUAUUAAGGCGGGCUAGUUUUGUCAACGUUUUUUCAGCUUUUAUUAGUUCAGAAAUUGGUUAAUUUGUAUUAAAUUAUGCUGGAACAAGACUUUUUUCUAGAAUUAAACAGUAAUAUAAUAUUUGUGAUAGUAAAAAUAGAAAAUUGAACUUUCUGGUUCUUUAGUAAAAUAAUACUAUUGAAUAUAAAAAUUAAGUCAGCCACAUCAUUGAAAUAUGUUUCAAGAUGUUGUCAAAAAUAACCAGUUUCAUGGUUAUUACAUUAUAUUUACAAAGUAAAUGUGUAUAUUUCAUGUAGAAAAUUGUUAGUUGGUGAAAGUUGCGAGAUGGAAAAGGAUGAUGAAGUAGAUCGUUCAAAAAAGGAAUUGUAUUUUCCUUUGACACUAGAAACUAGGAAUAGGAUUUCCUAAAUAUUUCCGAUUACAUUUUUUACUCAACCUACAUAUUUUACUCUGAGUAGGUCUUAAGGAAUAACUUUGAAAUAUAAAGAUGAAAUUUAAAAAGUUAUUCCCAUUCUUUUAACAUAUAAUAGGUUAUCUUAGAUUGUAGAGCAUUCAGAAAAGAAAUGAAAACCUCAAUUCAACUCAUUGAAACAAUUCUAGGAUAUAUUAUCAAUAAAAGAGAUUUGGUAGGAAAAACUGGGAUAUCUUUGCUAUUACAUUUUCUUGGAGGACUCAUAGGAGAACUUAAAAAUUACACUUUUUAUCAACAGCUUAAGGAGCUUGUUAAGUAUAAGUUGUUUUGUACAAGUUGUUUUAAUAUCAUUCUCAUGUUCUCAAAGCAUAAGGAAAUGAUAAGUACAAAUAUAUUAGAUACACUAAUUUGCAUGGUUGGACAUUUUUAACAUUUGUAGUAUACUAGAGCUCAUUUCAUCAUUUAGUUGAAUUGGCAGUCCACUAUUUGUCAUUUGGAAUCUUCUAGCUACCACAUAUUUGGAGUACAGGUAAAAAUAUAGCUUCCUUUAUUUCACAAUGGUAAUAAAAUAUUUUAUUUGGGUUUUUAUUUUAAUUAUUUUUUAUGACAAUGUAAAAAUGUCUCAAAUGUUAAACAAUAUUUCAAUGCAUAGGCUACUUAGCUUUGCACUGUACUUAUUGGCAGAGUUAUCAAUAUUUGGAAAUGUAGGUAAUAGAAUCAUUAGAAUGUUUUAUAAACUUUUCUCUAGGUUUAUGUUUUUAUUGUGCUUAUUGUCGUUUAUUAUAUGGAUAUGUUUUCCUUUCAAUUAAGACUGAUACAGUAUAUAUAUACAUGACAAUCACACAUAUACACAUAUUUAUAAAGCUAAUACUACAGUAACAGACUCAAAUAAACAGACAGACAAUUACCAUAAGUUAUUACCUUUAAAAGUUACUAAAUAUCUUUUGUACCCUCCAUGGAAACCAUUUAAUUUAGUUUAGUAAUGUAGUUAAAGAAAAUAUUUUUAAAGAAUUAAAGAAAUAUUUUUUAAACAUUUUGAAUGGAAUUCAUAUUUUGUACAACAAUAGUUGUUAAUGUUACUGAAAUACAGUAAUAAUACCUAAUUCCAUUAAUUUUCCUGAAUUAUUUUUUAAACUGGUAUUCUUGUUUUUUGUUUUUACCAAAUGUUACAUGUUAUGGUUGUAAAUUUAUAAUUAGUUAUUUAACUUAUUUAUUUAUUUUUGUUAAUUCUUAGCAGUGGCUUUAAUGAAUAUUUUCAUAAGCAUUACAUUUUGGUGGAUUCUAUUGAGCAGUGUAAUAGGUAUUUCCUCAAUUAUUUGUAUGAAAACAAUUUGAAGGUUCUUUAAACAAUUAGUUGAACAUACAAUAGUGCUCUUGAUAACACUCCAUUGAUGCUAAUGGUGACAUAAAUUUAGUUGAACUGCUUAUUAAUUUGAUUAAUUUUGAUUGAUUGAUUUUAAAAUAUGUGUGAAAAUAGGUUUACCAUUUUAUUUUAUCAUUACAAUGAAAAGUUCUAAAUUUAUGUUUUAAUUUGUUCUGAAAUAAUAUA